AUACUCACGUCAUUUUACUGCUUCUACGGCACAGUUGUUUGGAUAGAGAAGAUGGCUUCAGGGUCAGCCGGACAAGACACAGAACUGGAUGAGUUAUUGGACAGUAUGAUUUUACAUUACUCCCUGAGUGAAGUGUGAUUGUUAUCAAUCCUGCCAAAAGAUGCAUUCAUUCAAGUAUUGUGUAAAACGUGGAUCAACGCGCCUUGUUAGCUAGCUAACUUUAGCUAGCUUAGAUGGUGGAAUUUGGUUGGACCUGCAUGCCAAGUCCAAAACGAAAGCCAGACAUUAUCUCACAAAAUCUCAUGCCUUUUGCUGUUUACAACGGGGUCAUCAUUAGCAUUUCAACGCUACCGCAGUAAAUAUGAUAUCAUAAUUUGUCGUUCGCUUUGACCCCGAUUUGACAGAAAUAGAACGGCAUCAAAUGUGGUUGCAAGUUCAACUCAAGCUGCCCUUGAAUUAUUAUUAUUUUAUUUUUUAUGGUUUACAGCUAGUGUGAUCUGGAUUGUCAGACAGCUCUGUCAUUGUUUAUGUCAACUGGAUAACCAAUUUGAAUUCAUAAUGUAUUGCAUACUAGUAACCAAUCCCACUUUGUAUAGCCGGCUGCUAGACUAGAGACUACUGUUAUCUUAAUAGCAGGAAUGCAAUUACCAUAUCAUAAUCUGACGUUUUUAAUAAUUCCAGUAGGUUGGUGAAGUUGUACUCCUAACAUCAGAGAUGGUAAUGGUGGUAAUGUAUACAACAAUUGGGUUUCUGAAGUAGAAGUAGUGACCUCAUCAUACUGAGUUUGAUAAUCAACUAAUACAUGACUGUAUUGCACAUUGACCCCGACGUUGAAGAGUUGACCUUUGUCCUCUAGCUACCUGCUCAAUCUCUUCACCUUGUCUUGACCUGCUCCUGCUAAAUGCUGAUAACUGUGCCACAACAUCUCCACUUCUACUGUCUUUCCUCUAUUAAAGGUGCGCUCGAUGACUUUGAGAAGACAAACUCGGCCACCUUGGGCCCAGCCCCUGCUGCUGCCAUGGCUCCCCCACCAGCCAAGGGCAGCGAGGAGAAACUCCCUCUACUGGAGGACAGUCAGUUCUUCGAGGCACUGUUUGAAGGUGAGAUGGCCUCUCAGGCAAAGGAAGAGUGGGAGAAAGCCAUGACUGAACUCGCACAGGAAGAACCUGAGCUGCUGCAACACUUUCACAAAUUGUCAGAGGCAGCAGGGAAAGUUGGUACUGAUGUAGCUUCCCAACAAGAAUUCACUUCCUGUCUCAAAGAUACCCUCAGUGGAUUGGCUAAAAAUGCAGACAAUUUACAGAGUGCAGGAUUGGCUGGAGAGGAUCUGGCAAAGACUCUGGAAGGGCUGGAUUUGGAUGAGAAUGGAGAGCGGGACGGGCAAGAUGGAAACAUCCUGCCGAUCAUGCAGUCCAUCAUGCAGAAUCUUCUCUCCAAGGAAGUGCUCUACCCGUCUCUCAAAGAAAUCACUGAGAAGUAUCCUGAGUGGCUGAACAGCAAUCGUCAGUCCCUCCCCCCAGAUCAGUUCCAGCGCUACGAACAGCAGUACAGGGUCAUGGGAGAGAUCUGCAGCCUGUUUGAGAAGGAGGGAGAUGGGGAGAAUAGCUUUGAGAGCAUUCUGGAAAUCAUGCAGCAGCUACAAGACCUGGGCCAACCACCCAAAGAGCUGGCUGGUGAAUCACCACCUGGUCUAAACUUUGACCUGGAAUCCUUGAAUCUCUCAGGAGCCUCUGGGACUGGAGCUGCAGAUCAGUGCUCGAUCAUGUGAUCUCAGAGCAGCCAGUUCAAUUGAUACACAGGCUAGGGCCGUGUGCAACCGGGCUGACGAGGGAGGACCAUCAAUCACUAUAGCAGAAGGACAAGGAGGAGAACGAGACUGUUUGCACUGCUCUCCUCCUAACAUAUGUUUCUGUGUCAAAAUAGAAGAGCACUGUGAAGGGUGGCAAAACAAACCAAUGUGACCACACCCUUCGGUAACUCACUGAUCAUUACAUAACUGAUUUUAAGUCAAUUGCUUUGGUUUGUCAUAAUAGGCUCUUCCAGGUCAUUUAUAGUACAGGUAGUACCAUUCCCACGUACAGCUCAACUGACUAGCACUUGACUUAUCUGGCAGUUUUUACACUCACCACUGUUUAGCCUAAUGAGUACUGAAACUGGUUGAACUGCCCUGUUGGUUAAAACAGUGCCUUGCACAUUUUUCUUCAGAAUUUGAGAAUGUUCAUUACUGUUAUGAGUCUUACAGCAGGGAUAUUAGGUUUCUCUGUUGUAAGAGUUGCUGGGUGAAGAUUGAGUUGUAUCAUGGGGCUGCAUGCCUAACAAAGGUUGUUGAGUCAGUGUCACGGUUCCACUCAUCAAUAAAGUAACACUAACACCUCG